GACAAUGAGUGACUGGGCCCCCAUAGCAAAGGAGUAUGACCCCCUCAAAGCCGGGAGCAUUGAUGGCACAGACGAAGAGCCCCACGACCGUGCCAUAUGGAGGGCUAUGUUGGCGCGCUAUGUACCCAACAAGGGAGUUACAGGCGAUCCUCACCUUACCCUGUUCGUAGCGAGGCUCAAUCUUCAGACAACAGAAGAGAAGUUAAAGGAGGUCUUUUCCCGGUACGGAGACAUCAGAAAGAUCCGUCUGGUUCGAGACCUGGUCACGGGAUUUUCCAAGGGUUAUGCAUUCAUUGAAUACAAAGAGGAGCGUGCUCUCUUGAAGGCCCACAGAGACGCCAACAGGCUGGUUAUUGAUCAACAUGAGAUCUUUGUAGACUUUGAACUGGAAAGAACUCUCAAAGGAUGGAUUCCUCGGAGGCUUGGAGGUGGUUUUGGAGGCAAAAAAGAAUCUGGGCAGCUACGGUUUGGAGGACGGGACAGACCUUUCCGAAAGCCCAUCAAUUUGCCAAACAUGAAAAAUGAUUUCUAUGGAGAAGGAUCAGCAGAGAAAAGAAACUGGUCUCGUGAGGGAACAAGGGACUGGAGAACAAGGGACCGAGACCAUGAAAGGAGCAGAGACAAGCGGUGGCCGGAAAGGGAGCGGUCGUGGACUUGGGGUGAAAAUGAGAGGGAGAGGGACUCCAAAGAGGAGAGGAGCAGAGGGAGGGAGAGGAAGGACAGAGACAGGAAGGACAGGGAUAGAGACCGGAGCAGGGAGAGAGAUGCCAAGAAACAAAGAGAGGAUGAUAAGCAUCGAUAGGUGACAGUGCCUUGUCCUUGG